UAGGACAGAUGAACCAAGCUCUAUGAAGUGGGAGGUCAUUCUGUAUAUCAAGAGAAAGGACUUGGACCUCUCUGAUCAACCUUUCUGCUGUCAUAAUAAAGAUUAAACUGCUUCCAAUGCACAGAUGAUCUGGCAGGAAAUGUUUCCUUUCAUCCCAAAGUAUCCCAAAGAGCUUUACCAGCUAUAUGAUGUUUAUAAAUCACCGCUGAAAUGGAGCCACCUCUAGGAUGGAGAGUGGCAGCUGGCCAGCGCAGAGUAUGCAACUGUGGAAGAGGAAAAUUUUGUCUGACAUCCGGAACAUAUACCAUCAGAAGGAUAAGAGAUGCCUUCAGAGAAAACAAACAUUUAAAGGAUUCAGAAGAAAUACAAACACUAGUGAAUAAAGCAAGAACAAACCUAGAGAUUAUUCAUCGGCAGGUUACCAUUGGUCAACUCUAUUCAACCCAGAAACUUGUUAUUGAGAGUCCAGAAAACACAGAGAUAAUCUGAUCAUCUAGCACCGUUGGACCAUCCUCAGCAUUCUGUAGUGCUGCACAUCCAACAUAGCGUGUAUGCACCCUGCCUGAGUUUGAAAAACUUAUCUGUCUAGUAAAAGAUAAAGCUUUUGAGAUGCUCAGUUUUGGCAACCAAAACAGUCUAGAAUUUCUCUUCUCAUGGUUCAUGCACUAAAAUGUACUGCUAAGCCUACAAUAGCGUGUAAUGUAUUCCUAAUAUCCGCGUUGCUAGUAUUUCAUGUGUAAUGAGACUGUUUCUUGGCCUUAUCUGACAAUAAAAUUCCAUGAACCG